GCGAGCGGAGCAGCCCUCCCCGUUUCCGGCGGGGCGCGCGCUCUUUCCGCCCGGGUGCGGCAUGUGGCGGCGCAGGCAGGCAGCGCGCGGGGGGCGCGGCGCGCGGCGCCGCCUGCCCCGGUAGCGGGGCGCGGGCUGCGGGUGGCCGCCACCACAAGGCGCGGGGCUGCGACCAUGCUGCGGGGGGACGAGUUCAUCAGCUCCCCGCCCAAGAAGACGGUGCGGUUCGGCGGGUCGCUGACGGACAUCUUGCUCAAGUACGAGAAGGGUGAUACCACGGAUUUUGAGUUGUUAAAGCAUCAGCUGUCAGAUCCAGACAUAAAGGAUGUCCAGAUCAUUAAUUGGCUGCAUGAAUUUCGAGCUUCCGUUGCGUAUUUGACCAAAGAGCUUGAACAACUGGUCAGCAUUUUGCUGAAGCUGCCAUGGUUGAGAAGAAGCCAAGAGGUAGUAGAAGAAUAUCUGGGUUUUCUUGGCAAUCUAGUGUCAGCACAAACAGUCCACCUUAGGCCAUGCCUUCGGAUGAUUGUAUCACAGUUUGUCCCCGCUCGAAUAACCAUCACAGAAGACGAUGUGGAUAUUUCAGAUUCUGAUGAUGAUGAUGAAAACCUUUCUGAAAACUUUAAUACAUGUCACAGAGCAUUGCAAACUGUUGCAAGAUAUGUUCCUUCGACACCGCAAUUUCUCAUGCCGAUACUUGUGGAAAACUUUCCUUUCAUUAAUAAAUCGGAGAGAACUCUGGAAUGUUAUGUUCAUAACUUGCUACGAGUUACGGUGUACCUUCCAACUCUGAGGCUUCGAAUUCUGGAGCUUAUUAUUGAAAAGCUGUUAAAAUUGGAUGUUAGUACUCCACACCAAGAUAUUGAAGAUGCUGAAGAAACUGCGAAUAACUCUGAUAGUGAGGAAAAAUCUACAGAGGAGGGACUUUUUGACAUGGAGGAAGAUGAAGAAAGGAAAGGAAACAAAGUUGUCUCUUCCAGUAGUGAGAGAAUGGCCCAUCCGCUUGCAGAGCGCCUUGACAUUUUGAUGACCAUCCUGUUUUCCUAUAUUAAAGAUGUUUGCCACGUGGGUGGCAAGCUUGAUAUCAACAACACAAAGGAUUUGUAUCGGGAUCUGGUUUCUGUGUUUGACACGCUCAUUUUACCAACCCAUGCUUCAUGUCAUGUACAGUAUUUCAUGUUUUACAUCUGCAGCUUUAAAUUGGGGUUGGCUGAAGCAUUUUUAGACCAUCUUUGGAAAAAACUGCAUGAUCCAAACAAUCCUUCAGUCAUCAGGCAGACUGCUGGGAGUUAUAUUGGCAGCUUCUUGGCAAGAGCGAAAUUUAUUCCAGUUGUUACAGUAAAAGCAUGUCUGGAUCUUCUGGUGAACUGGAUGCAUAAAUACAUUGAUAACCAGGAUAAAGGGGCUAAUGCUUACUGUGAUGUGGCUGUUCACGGGCCAUUUUAUUCUACAUGUCAGGCAGUGUUCUAUACACUUAUUUUCCGUCAUAAGCAAAUUUUGGAUGGCAACUUAAGGAAAGGUCUGUCAUAUCUGCAGAGUUUAAAUUUUGAGCGCAUUGUCAUGUGUCAGCUGAACCCCCUGAAGAUUUGUAUACCCUCUGUUGUGAAUUUGUUUGCUGCCAUUACCAGGAAAUACCAGUUGGUGUUCUGCUACACAAUUAUUGAGAGGAACAAUAGGCAGUUUAUACCAGUUGUUCGGAGUGGCACUGGGGGUGACCUUGUGCAGACUUGCACCAAUCCACUUGACAGUUUCUUCCCCUUUGAUCCCUACGUGCUCAAAAGAUCAAAGAAGACUAUUGAUCCUCUUUAUCAGUUUUGGGAAGAGCUGAGUGCUGAAGAUCUUGAGAAUCUGAAGAAACCCAUUAAAAAGGGUACUUCUGAAGAUGAAGAUGAUGACUUUUUGAAAGGAGAGACCCCUCAAAAUGAUGGCGUGGUUGGAGUUGCUGCAAAUUCUUAUGAGUCAAAUACGCGGAGCCCAGUGAGCAGCAUUGGCUCCCCUCCAGACUGUUAUGUGCCAUACCCUCAAUGACACGGAGAAUCAGAAGUGAAAAGGUUGAAAACUGUGUGCAAUUUUUUGUUCUGUAAAGAGACUCUAGCUCAACUUUCCAAACUGGCAAAUGUUUAAGUAACUAAAUUUAAGAAAACAAUUAUUGUUUCUUAAUCGUUGGAUUUCUACAGAUAUGUUAUGAUAAAGUCAUAAGUUGCUAGAAAAGCUUAGAGAAUAAAUAGGGUGAUAUUUUACAAAUUUCACAUUGAAAUGGUUUUUAUGACUUAGAUGGAUUUUUUUUAUAGUUUUUCCUGGCUCUUAAAAACUUUGUGUACUAAUUUUUCUGUACAAGGUUUUAUAUAUUGGGGUGAAAUUCUGGUCUUUCUUCCUAUUGAUAUGUGUAGGGACCAGAAUUCCAUUGUCAGUAUUUAAACUCUACUCUGGCUGGUUUUGAGUUGGUUUCAAAGUAGUGGUGUGACCCCACGAUAGGGAAGCCAUGAAUCAGGUCUGACAGCGAUUCUUUUGCACACAUCUCUUAAGCUUUUCCUAUCUGUAGAACAGUAUUUGGUAAAGCCACUUGAUAGCGGAAAGUGUUAACAGAUGAUAAGCGUUACUGCUCCUUGAUUCUGUAGCUGACACGCAGCUGCCCCAGUGAAAGUGCAGACUUGUAAAAGUGGUGAUUGUUGGAAGUGUUGAAAAUGAUGGAGUAGCUGAAUGUAUGAUUUGUAGGUAAGUUUUCUUUGCGGUGUUUGUGAAGCACUCAAAGACAGGUAUUUAUUUUCAGGGUUUGAAGUUUAUAUGUGAAUGGUGAAAAUACAAUCAAUCAAUCUUCCCUCAGAAAGGAAGUGAUGGUGUCGCUGGUGUCCUUGUGUUGUCCGUGUGUCAGCAUAGUUUCUCUGUGUAGGUUUCUUGUCAUCUUUUCAUGAUUGCAAGCUUUUAGAUUUGAGUAAGAAUAUAAACAGUAGAAAAAAAUUAAUGUUAUCUGUGUAACAUUUAGUUGAAAAUUUUAUGCAUUUGGGACUAAACUCUAAUUGCCCUUCUUUAGAAUCUGAACUUGGAGGCUUUCAAGACAACAUUUUUGUUCAGAGCCAAUAAAGAUUGUAAACAGUGCAAUUCUUACAGCUUUGCAAAAAACCACA